AUUAUAACACAUUUUACCAUUGAUAAGAUUGCAACUAAUAUUGUUAGAUGCUAUGGAUUGACUAAAGAUAGAGAUUCUAGGGAUUUUUCAUUAGUUUUAGAUGUUAUGGAUUGUAAUUUACAAGAAUAUUUGAUAAAAAAUAAUUCCAGAAUUGGGUGGAAAGAACGUUGCCGAGUUGCCUAUAAAAUAUCACAUUGUUUAAACGCUAUACAUAAUACAAAAUCAGUUCACAGGGAUUUACAUCCUGGCAAUGUUUUAUUUCACGAAAAUAUUAUAAGAAUAAGUGAUUUAGGUUUUUGCGGUCCGGAAGAUAAGCCUUUAAACAGUGUUUAUGGCU